AUGCCUUCUCAAGUGGCGGCAUCGCGAACUUUCAGCUUCAUGAACGAUGAUACGGAUAGUGUUGAGGCCUCUGAUGAACAUGUUCAGCGCAAUCGAGUUGGCCCCAAGAAACCAUCUGGUGCAUGCGUCGACUGCAAAUCUGUCAAGGUCCGUUGCGAAUUCGUGCCCGGGGAAAAAAAAUGUCGCCGAUGCCAGACGAAGAACCUUCCAUGCCAUCCACGAGAAAGGAAAAAGAGGAAACCUGCUGACACACACGAACAACUUCAAGAACGGUCUCAUGAGCAAGAUUUGUACAUUCAAAGUCUUUUGGGGCAAUACGAUCAGCGGUGCAACGAACAGAAGGUCAACCAGUGGGUUUCCAAAGCCUCGUUCAAUGACAAUAGUGAGUGCAAUCCAUCGAGCCAGCAUCUGAAUUGGAUGCAUAAGGGGAAAGCCCCCGAAUCAGCUGUCAUAUCUUACUUUUCGUCAGGAAUGUUGCCAUUCAUUCCUCCUCCGAUCGUUAAACACUGCGGACUAUAUCCUGAAGAUAUCCUAGAGCUUUUUGAUAUUUACUUCAAUCAGGUUAAUCCGUAUUUCUCUCUUCUUGACCAAAACUACCAUAAGCCUGAGAAGCUGCUAUGGGACAGCCCAUUUUUGUUCACCGUUAUCUGUGCCGUUGCAUCACGUUAUUAUACAGCUCGGCCUAAUCUUUAUUCGCUAGCAAUGGAAUUUGCGCGCGAUUGCGCCGGUAAAGGAUUGGUGGAAGGAGACAGGAGCGUGGAAGUUUGCCAGGCGUACUUGAUAUUGGCUGUCUAUCCCGUGCCAAAGAAAAGAUGGGCUGAAGACCGAAGUUGGCUUCUGAUGGGUGUUGCAAUACGAAUGGCAAUAGAACUGGGGUUAAAUCAGCCACCUCCGGCCCAUCUUGAUAUUCGAGAGGCGUUGAAUCGAACUCGUACAUGGUUGAACUGCUAUUGUGUGGACGGUUCUCAUGCUAUCCAAUUUGGAAAGUUGCCCAUGUUACACCUUGAUGAUUACAUUGCGCGCAACUCGCGGAACUGGUACAAAACGUCUCCACUAAAUUCUCCUUAUGACGUUCAUCUAUGCGGGUACGUCCAGAUGAUUAUCCAUAUGGCCCAGUGGAGAGAAUAUAUGAAAGAGGACGUAACAAGUCCGGGGCAUCAGCCUGACGAGGUCAUAGCCGCAGCAAUUAGAACGCAGGCUAUCUUAGCUCACGAGAUGGAUCUUUGGGCAACCGCAUACGCUGAGGAAUAUAUGAUCAUGCCUAUGCCUAUUUGUAGCUAUCGCGGAAACACAACACAAAUGAUCACGGCUUAUUUGAAGCUGGUUGUUCUCCUUGUCGGCUUUCAAAAAGCAAGGAUCGAAGACUUACGCCCAGAUUCUGAAAUUUUGAUUAAAUCAAUAGAGGCUGCCCGAGCUGUGAUUCGUAUUACGUUGGAGCUAAUGUACCCAACGGGGUUCCUUCGUUAUGCCAUGGACGCAACCUUCUUGUAUGUAUCUUUCGCUGGGGCCUUCUUGAUUAAUCUGUUUCGACCGCGCUUUAUUCAUCUCCUAGACGAUACUACGCAGAAUGAUAUCAUUGUCACGGUAUCUCGCUUGAUAUCCGUGCUUGGAUCUGACGAUGUGGCAUUGGACGGAAGGCAUACCCCUGCUCUAUAUUCAAGGUUUCUGUCGUCUCUGAUGAACAAACACGGACUCGUAAAUAACCAUAAUUCCCAUUUACGACAUCAAUCGCGAUCUUCUUCCUCAAGUUUUGAUAGCUCACAAAAUCGUCAGGUGUCACCACCAGAUGGAUUCUACUGGCCCGACGUUCAUCACGACAAUUCAUCUGGUUCCCACACACCGGAUCUCCCAGGAAGCUUUGGAUAUCAAGAGAGGUCGCAUGGGGUGAUCGACAUGGAUUUCAGUCUUUCUCAUUUUAUCAAGACCGUUACUUCUCAUCAACCAAUUUCUCCCCCUCCAAGUGAAGAUGUGCAAGGUUUCAACGAGUCUUGGCAACUUUGGAAAAGCCCUGAUAUCCAGCCUAUGGCUUGGUCGCAGCCGGUUUCUGUGUCUGGCUGGAGCCCUUGA